AUGCCCAGCGCAACCGCUUCAGGAGCCGACACAGGCGGUUCGGCCCGCUCUCGCGAUCACAAGCAGGGGAAUCAGGGACGAACCUAUACGCCAGACCAGGAGGCAGCAGUUAUCCGCAUUCGGAGAUGCGAAGCCACAGCCUUUUACGAUAUCUUGAACCUCGAGAGCGUCAAGUCAACAUGUACAGAAGCGGAGAUUAAAAAGGCAUAUCGGAGGCAGUCGCUUCUGACCCAUCCUGACAAGAAUGGACACCCUCAUGCGGACGAAGCCUUCAAGAUGGUCAGCAGAGCGUUUGGAAUUCUGGGCGACAAGGAAAAGAAGGAAAAGUUUGAUCGAUUCGGUACCGAUCCUGAUAGUCGAUUCGCAAGCGCCCAGGCCAACAACCCCUUCUUCUCGCAACGAGCCGGUGGUGGUAUGAACAGAGGCGGCCCGAUGUUCGAUGAUGAUUUGACCCCUGAAGAGAUGUUUGCUCGCUUCUUUGGUGGUGGAGGAGGGUUCGGUGGCGGUCCAUUCGGAGUGCAUGAACCAUGCGCUAACAUUGCAGCUUUCGACACAGGCCCGCAGUUUGUCUUCAACUUUGGCGGAGGCCCCGGUAUUCGAGUUCAUCAGUUCGGUGGAGCUAGGCCGAGGACGAGACCGCGCGAGGCCAACCAAGGCCGACAGCCCGAAAACAACGGCAUCCAGACCCUCCUGGGUCUACUACCCAUCAUCCUGUUCUUCAUCCUCCCAGUUAUCACCUCGCUCUUCUCCGGCGGCUCUUCCUCGUCAUCCUCUGCUGGACCUCGCAUGGUCUACGACAACCCCGCGCACCCCUACACCGAGGAGCGCAAGACGCCGAACCUGAACGUCCAGUACUACGUGAAUCCCGACGAGAUUGCCCAGUACAAUGAUGGAAAGCUCAAUAAGCUCGACCGAACAGCUGAGUUGAACCUCGUGCGACACUUGAAGGCAGAGUGUGAAAACGAGAUCGUAUACCGGCAGAGGUUGAGAGAUGCCGCCCAGGGAUGGUUCUACCAGGAUCCCGAGAAGAUGGAGCUGGCCGAGGCGUAUACGAUGCCGUCUUGUGAGCGACUUCACACGCUCGGGAUCGGUCGAUGAAGAAAUUGUACAAGUCAAGCAGCGCUUAGGCGCGCCAGUGGAUAUUGUUAUAUGUUUCUUGUAUCAGGCCUUUGCUUGGAGUUGGCGUUGUUGGCAUUUCUGGGUCUGCAUGGCGACGACGAAGUUGACGAGUUGGAAUUGGCACGUAACGAGGGGCAAUCGAGCCCAUGUAAUCAAGACAUUAUUUGGUACGGGCUGUUGGGCCGGAAGACUGGAAAGACAGCGAAGUAGAGUAUAUCGCAUGGGGUGAUUCAAUGGAUUACUCGUCACUAUUUUGGGCUGCCCAUCAGCCAUUUG